AACUUGUGUCGUGGUAUUCUUGACAACCAAAUAUAUAACCUUGGAAUAUGCAACAGAAUCACAACCAGACAACUCAACGGCACAAAUUUCGCUUCAAUGUUUCCUGACCAUGUCUACGAUGUUGAGGAGCUUUCCCCGGAUGAUCGUACCCUGUUUGCGCAGAAAUACCGGGAAUAUCUCCGCCGUAUUGCGCAAGCAGCAAUAUGGACCACCUACAUCUACUUUGCAGUGCGGUUGUUUUUCAUCUUGACAACUCUGGACAGAACAUGGAAGAUGUGGAUAAUGCUUGGCGUUGAGGGUCUAUUUGGUCACAUGUCCCUGAACCACCAACGCCUGUCCUUAGCCGCAACAACAAGGCCCCCGCAGCGGACACCCCGCAAGAGACUACGCAGCAAUGAGAACCUGCCCAGAGUUGAUGUGUUAGUAACAUGCUGCGGAGAACCAGUCGAAAUCAUCUUGGAUACAGUCCGAGCAGCAUGUGCUUUAGACUACCCAGCUUCGCGAUUUCGAGUCCGGCUUCUGGACGACGGGGGAUCAAUUGAGCUGCGAAACGCGAUUAUGAAGCUCAACACGAAGUGGACCCACCUGUCCUAUCAUACCCGCGGCAAGCAAUCUGGGAAAUCCUUUGCUAAAGCAGGCAACCUCAACUAUGCUCUGUUUUCCCUACAAACUGAAGACCCGCCCGAGUUCUGCACAGUCGUCGACGCUGACUCCAUCUUAAUGCCGGAGUUUCUGCGCGCAACGCUGCCCCAUCUACUUGAAGACCCGGAGGCAGCAUUGCUGACCACGCGACAAUAUUUCUAUAACCUACCCCGUGGCGAUCCCCUCUCCCAGUCACGGGCUUACUUCUACACCUGUGAGAAUACGGAACUCGAUCUUCUCGGCCAUGCACUAGACGCUGGAUCAGGCGCAGUCUUCCGUCGCAACGCGAUUCUUGACGCGGGCGGAUACCCGACCUAUUCUUUCUCGGAGGAUUGGCAGCUUUCGUUGAUCUUACGAGGGCUGGGGAAGCGCACCACGCAGGUACAAGAGGUUUUGCAAUUCGGCCUCGUUCCUACCUCUCUUGCUGGGCAUCUCAAACAGCGGAAUCGAUGGCACAUUGGGCACUCUCAGCAGAUUUCUCUAUUGUUCCCUUCUGUCAGCAAGGAGAUCCCUGAGAAUCUGCGUUGGGAUAUUGCCCUUGGAGGACUGUCUAUUAUGGCAGGUCUUGUGGCCUAUUCAGUUGGGUUUGUCGCUCUGCCUUUUCUUCUUGUGUCUGAUGGUGGAUUUAUUUCUGCUGGAUCGGCGUUUGAGGUCAAGAUCCAGCUUAUUCUGGCCAUUGCUCAUGUUGCGUCUGCAUGGGCAUAUGAUUGGGCUCGAAGUGCACACGCGGGUGUUCCAUUUGCGCCAUUCGCACACGCAGAAAAUAGUUGGCUUGCUGCUGCCCAUUUAUACGCUAUUACACGCUUCCAUUUACUUGGAAGCAAGCCAAAGGGAUCUUUUGUUACCGGAAGCACUGCCAAUUCGAGUGAAAAUGCUACAUCUAUUUCGUCAUUUCAAAAAGCAUACACAGAUACUCUUCAAAGCGGUACCUUGUUGAACAUUUGUCUUUUUAUUGCGACUGCGGGAGCUAUGCUCUUUGCUGUCUGGGUGGCUAUCUCCGGAAAUGGACCGACAAUUCCCAAACUGCUCACUACAAUCGCUUGGCCGCCGUUGCUGCACUUGUGCUUUUUGGCCAUUGUCAACAAUUGGGUACCUAUUGCUCAUCUUUUCAAUUCCCCGAUAUAUCACCCCAGAAACACUAGAUUACUCACCACCAAGAAGGGAAUAUCGUACCCACGAGCGGAGGUUGAAGAGGAACUUAGCUCUGACAAGUCUUUCCUCGGCCUCUGCUGCUCCUUUGUGGUGCCAAUUGUUCUUUUUGGGGCGCUUAUGGGCGUUGUGAUAUUAUAG